GCAGCUUUGGAUAUUUUAGUCUUUUCACACUUUAAUUUUGCUCUAUAUAGAACAGAGUUGGCUUAGCGUUGGAAAGAGACAAGGCCAGUACAAAAGAAUCCACUUCAACCCAAUUUGACAAAACCCCAUAUAUACACAUAUACAUAUACAUAUAUAUAUACAUAUAUAUAAAAACCAGUGAAGAGGUUAACAAGAGCCAAAGCCAAAGACUACUACAACAAACACCUUCUUCUCCAAGGCAAGCUAGCUAAUUAAUAAGCAGAGAGACCAAGAAUAUUUCCACACAAGAAAAGAAAGGAAUUCAUCAUUCAAAUUUCUUAUUCCCCUUAUAUAUACAUAUAUAUAUAUAUUAUAUAUAUGUAUAUAUAUAAUCACCCUUUUUUGGUACAAACACAAUAAACACAACAACUACCAUAAAUUUUCUCUCUUUCUCUAAUUUCUUAAAGAUGGGAACUUUUAUUUACAAAAUUGCCACUACCUUUGUUCUUCAUAUUCUUCUUGUUAUUGCUCUAUCUCUUAGCUUUUCAGGUGUUAUGUCUUUGGGGAUUAAUUAUGGUCAAGUGGCUAAUAAUUUACCACCACCGGCUAAAGUGUUGGAACUAUUAACUUCUCUCAAAGUAACAAAAACAAGAAUUUACGAUACGAGUCCAGGUGUCCUAACCGCAUUCGCUAAUUCCAACGUUGAAAUAAUCGUGACCAUAGAGAAUCAAAUGUUACCUCAAUUAAUGGACCCACAACAAGCGCUUCAAUGGGUAACGACACACAUAAAGCCAUACUACCCUGCGACGCGGAUCACGGGAAUUGCAGUGGGGAACGAAGUAUUCACAGACGACGAUUCAUCUUCCUUCGUUACCUACCUCGUCCCAGCUAUGGUCAGCAUUCACUCAGCUUUAGCCCAAUUAGGUCUCGACACGUAUAUAAAAGUCUCAACACCAAGUUCCUUAGCUGUCCUCGAAAAUUCCUACCCACCUUCAGCAGGAACAUUCAAAACCGAGGUCAACACCGUAAUUUUACAACUCCUCAAGUUCCUUCAAUCAACAAACGCACCGUUUUGGAUCAAUGCCUACCCAUACUUCGCUUACAAAGGAGACCCGACCCGAGUCUCGUUAGACUACGUUCUAUUCAAUCCAAAUACGGGUAUGAUCGACCCGUACACUAAGUUACGUUACGACAACAUGUUGUACGCUCAAGUAGACGCGAUCAUAUUUGCUAUGGCGAGAAUGGGGUUUAGUAACAUCGAAGUUCGGGUUUCGGAAACGGGUUGGCCCUCGAAAGGUGACCCGAAUGAACUCGGGGCAACGGUUGAGAACGCAGCUACGUUUAAUAGAAACCUUUUGAGAAGACAAUUGGGUAAUGAAGGGACUCCAUUGAGACCAAAUAUGAGACUUGAGGUUUACUUAUUUGCUUUGUUUAAUGAAGACAUGAAACCUGGUCCCACAUCGGAGAGAAAUUAUGGGUUGUUUCAACCCGAUAUGACAAUGGCUUAUAACGUUGGUUUGUCUACAUUGGCUAGUACUACAACUACUGCCACGUCAUCAACACCUUCUUCAGCUUCUAUUUCUCUCACCUCUUCUGCUUCUUCACAUAAGGCAGCUAAAAUGGAUAAUCAAAGCCUGGUGUUGUGGAUCAUGUUUGUGUAUUUGCUGACCUUCCAAGUUUUUAUGAGAAGACCAUUUUAUUAAGCCAAUAAUAUUACUUCAUCAUGUAUAUAGAUAUAUAAAUAAAUAUAUAUAAUUAAUUACUCUUUCAUAUUAAGAAAAAAAAAUUAGAGAGAGAUUAAUUUGGGGUCUAAUUUCUUGGCCACAAAUUAUAUAUAGAAUAGUAAGUAGUAGUAGUAGUACUAUAUCCUCAUUUCAAAAAACAAAUUGCAUUGCAUUAAUUAUUAUUGGUUUCUAAUUAAUCUCUUUUAACAAACAAAAAAAAUAUAUAAUAUUGUAUACUACUACUUCUUCAUCGGACGGCUAUAAUUUCAUUUAGCCUCGAUCAAGGAUUGAUCUCAACCGUACGUUGCCACAUCAUCAUCAUCCUCAUCAAGCUAUAAUCUAGAAGAAAAUUUUCUUGUUUUAGAGAGAGAGAAGAUUAAUUAAUCAACAUGCAAAGCUAGCCAAUUCAUAUCAUUAUUUUUUUACUAGUAAUAAUAGUUUAAUUGUGUAAAGCUAGUAAAAUUAUUUGUGCAAUGUAUUAUUAUUAUUAUUGUAAAACAAUUUGUUAAUUUCACGAUUAAUUAACUUUCAAUCGAUUCUUCUUAUA